CGCAGUGCACGAAGGACUACAAAGCGACAGAUAACCAACCAAAGAAACACAAUCGGCAGCUAGUGAAUGAUACGGUGGCAAUCACAAACGAAGCGUGUGGAUGUUGAUGUGUCCGGGUGCUACAGGGAUGUAGCUGUGGGCGAAACGGGAGACUGGUUGUGAAAUACAUUGCAUCUGCACCGUGGUGUGUUUUGGCUGGAUGACUGACGGUCGUCUUGGUGUUGUCAUGUGCCGGUGGUUGUGAUCCUCCCAUCAGUAGUAAGCAGAAUGAGAAACUGACUCUUGCCUAUCGGGGGAAACACAGAGCUGCAAGGAGACACCAGUCCAGCCCAGGGUAGUCGACACCUUCCUCUCUCAGAUUUGCUCAUUUCCUGUGCGAAUGCGCUUUAAAUUGAGGAAUGUUCUCAUCGUCACUGUUAUUGUCUUCAUUCUCCCCAUUAUUUGGCUUACGCUGUAUAAUGAGAGAGGUCAUCGUGAGUACGCGGAUGGACUAGAGAAGCGGUUCGCAGACCUGCGGGAUCGCCUGCAGUAUGCGGAAGCCUUAAACCGCCAGAGGGAGGACGACCUCUUCAAUCUCAGGUCCCAGCUCAACUUCCUCCUCAGGUCUAUGGCAGAGAACGCCUCUGCCAGUUCCCAACUUGAGCAGACGUACCCAGGGCUGAACUGCUACUUCCAGAAUCACAGUAAUCCGCACGUGAGCGGCGCUAUACAUCUGCCGGGAAUAUUCAACUACCUGCCUCACCUGGUGGGGCGGCCCAACAGUCUGGUUCCCUCCCACAGUAUUUCACAAGGACGCCAUGGCGUUUCAGUCGUCAUUGGAAUUCCAACAGUUCGUCGAGAAUCUGUGAGUUAUGUGGCGCAAACUAUUGACUCACUAAUCAAGGGUAUGUCACCAGAAGAACAAGAUGAUUGCCUCCUCAUACUUUUUGUGGCAGAGCCCUGGAAUGAUGAGUUUUCAGUUUUUGUCAUGGAACAGAUUAAAAAAGGGUUCCCAGAGGCUGUGACAUCAGGAUUACUAGAGGUGAUUGUACCUCCUCCAGGCUUCUACCCUAACCUGAGCAGUCUGAGGGAAACAUUUGGAGACACGCAGGAACGUGUCAAGUGGCGAUCAAAGCAGAACUUGGAUUAUUCUUUCCUCAUGUUGUAUGCAAGAAGUCGAGGUGUCUAUUAUGUUCAGUUGGAAGAUGAUGUGGUGGCCAAACCUGGAUACCUCACCGUCAUGAAAUCCUUUGCCCACUUGCAGAAAUCAAAUGAUUGGCUCCUCUUAGAGUUUUCUACUUUAGGUUUCAUUGGUAAAAUGUUCAAGUCUGCAGAUCUCCCAUUUGUAGUUGAAUUUUUCCUAAUGUUUUAUGCUGACAAACCAAUUGACUGGUUACUGGAUCAUCUGCUUUGGGUUAAAGUGUGCAAUCCAGAGAAAGAUAAUAAACACUGUACUAGAAUGAAGCAAGCAAUAAAACCUAGGUAUAAGCCAUCACUCUUCCAACACAUCGGGGUGAAGUCUUCUCUCAAGGGCAAAGUUCAAAAGUUGAAGGACAAGGAUUUUGGCAAAAAUGGCCUUGCUCGUGCACACAUGAAUCCUCCAGCGCAGUUGGCAACCACUCUGAAGACAUUUCAAAAGUAUACUCUUCUCAAGGCCUACACUGGCGAAACAUUUUUCUGGGGCUUGGCUCCAGGUGUUGAUGAUGUUGUUGACUUCAAGUUCCAUCCAGCUAUUUUUGUAGAAAGAUUUCUAUUUAGAAGUGGUAAUCCAGAACAUCCUACAGAUAUUUUCCAUGACACUACAGUGGAAGUGCAUCCCGAACACUACCCUGAGGAUAAUAUAGUGGGAUUGCCACUGCUGGAGUUGAAAGAGAGUGUUAAUCAACCAUCAGAGGGUUUUCUAACAGUGGGCCAGUUUGAUGGUGAAGGUUUGGCACAGGGUACCGUGCCUCCAGCGAUAGGACCAGUAGAUGUUGUCCGACUGCAUGUUCAUGUACAGAAUCCAAACUGGGUGAUUUUGAGUGAGAUCAUGAUACAACAGAUAGAAGAGGAAAAAGAAUAGACACAUUUUGCAGUCCAGAGGAUCUGGGUGUGCCAAUGUUUCCAAGGUGCUAGUGGCUGGCAUUUCACUUACACUUAACUUUUGUGCAGAAAGAAGAAAAAGAGUGAAUUUGCUGCUUUCCACACUUUCAUUUUUUAUUGCUUGCAGCUACAGCAGUCCUCUUUGAAGCAGUACAUCACAGCUUGUUUCCAUUCUCCCACCCCUCUCAAUACAUAUGCCAAUUUACAAGCUUUUCAAGGCAACUUGAGAGAAAGGAAUGUACACAGAAAAGGUUCAGAACCACAAAUAAAUAUGUUUUCACAAAACAUAUCCUAAUGCAUGAUCAGGACAUGCUACAAGGGCACCCCCCUUGACUACCACACUUUUAACAAAAUAAUAAAAAAAAGGGGAGGGGGUAGAAAUAAUAGCCUUCCCAUCAUCCCCACCAACAGUCCAAGCAGUUGAAGUAAGGCAGUAAUUAAUCUCGUCACAGCAGUGUCAAAAAAACAAAGGUCAGCAUUCCUGUAUGGAGGGGUGGGAGGAGGCAUAGAGCAUGUCCCAAUAUGCGGGUAGGGGUAGGGUUUUUUUUAAUUUUUUAUACAAAUAAAAAACAGGCACAAGGUCACAGUUGUAUUGACACGCGAGGAUCACAGACGCUGCCACCACCAGUAGAGAAACGUUUUUGUUUGCUGCCUUGGCAGACAUUUUUAUAUUGUCCAAAGCACUUUUGAGCCCUCCUCAUUAACAAGCUUGCUGCUCAACUCUGAAACUCAAAAGUUGGUUUGCAGAAUUCAGUCGGUAUCUUUCGUUAGUCCACAAAACAGGAGUUGCCACCUUGCAAGACAGCCACAAAAGUCUCAGCAUGCAGCUGCUGCACCCAAAUCGUGUCAGCAGAAGAGUUGUCCCUUGCUGCACCAAGUCCGCAGGACUCCUGUCAAACUCUAGUGGGACGUUCUGCCCACAGGCACACUGCUGCCUUCACUGUCGCCUGAGAUGCAGGUAACGACUCUACGCCAACUUCUUGCCUGUGGAACAGUGAAAAUGUUGGUUAGGACACAAGUCUGUUGUUAAUAUGUCUAAUGCAAUUUGCUUUUGUUUUCACAACAUAAAAACAACGCAGUGAUAAUGACUUGUUAACAUUUUAGAUAUGUUGCAAUUGACUUGCUCUUGUUGAAAGUGUCACACUAUGUUGUUAAUGUACACUAUGUGUAAUGCAUUGUAACAAAAUCUAGUCCAAAAUAAUUAAAAAGAUGUAUAAUUACA